CACAUGUAACUUUUACUGUCCAACUAAUUAUGACUCCAUUUCACAUUCAUUUGCAUUUGCUUUUGCUCCUCUUUUACGCAUAUUAUUUAUUAGGCGCCAAUGCUUUCUCGGGAGAUCAAGAGGAAGUCGAAGCUGAAGCUGAGUACUUGAAGUUGGGGCCGGCAUUGAGCCGCCCCGUAGCGGUGCUCAUUGUGGUGCUUGUUUCUAUUUUCUUCAUCAUGGUGUUUCUCUCCGUCUAUCUCCGCCAUUACCUGGAGUUACACGCCUCUACUCGGGCCACCGUCACCGCUGACGGCGUCAACCGCUUUGGAGCGUUACCAAUGUGCGGUCUGGACCCGGCCGUCAUUCGGACGUUUCCUGUGGUCGUCUACCACUCCGACUCCGCCGUCAAGGACCACAUGGAAUGCGCGGUCUGCCUCGCCGAAUUCCAACACCACGAAACGCUGCGUUUGAUUCCCAAAUGCGGUCACGUUUUCCACCCUCAUUGCAUCGACGCCUGGCUGGGCUUCUGCGCCACGUGUCCUCUAUGCAGAGCCGAGCUUGUCUCGGGGUCGGAUUCCCCGGAUAAGUCCACCGCCGCAUCGGAAUUUGACGAUCAUCGUGGCGUGGUGAUCAUCAAUGUGGACGAACCGGAUUAUUCGAGGGAACAACGGUUGGAUCGCGACGGCAAUUACGAGGCGGGGAAUUGAGCAAGAUGAAGCGCUUGGGUAGGUACUACCACUACGGCGUCGUAUUGCGCUUCUUGGAAACAAAUUUGAGUGCAAUUAUUAUUGCAUGUGAAUUCGUUUGGUUUGUGUAUAAGUGAAUGGGGUUAAUUAAUAAGUUUAAUUUUUUAUACUUUAUUGUUUAAUUGCAAUUGGUUUUUAGCGCUUCUUUUGUUACUAAUUUCGGUUAGCUCAGCUACUUUGACAUCAGUUGUAUUAUUAUAUAUUGUUUGAAUGAUAAAGUGCUACUGCUAAGUAGUGACUCCUUUAA